UGGAUGCUGUAUUUUGUAAGCAAGCAAGGCAGGCUCCUGCGGCAGGGCGAUCGGCAGCAUGCCCAAUCAGCCCGCGAGAGUCUUUGCAGCUCGCCAAGCGCACUUCUCUCCCUUUCCUGCACAGGGACCUUAGUUGGCCCUUUUAUAACACCUCCGGGGUACAUCCGCCCCGACCAAGAUGGAUCGCGAGAAGCUCAGCAAGAUGGCCGGUGCGGUCCGCACCGGCGGCAAGGGCUCCGUCCGGAGGAAGAAGAAGGCCGUGCACAAGACCACCUCCACUGACGACAAGCGGUUGCAAAACACCCUCAAGCGCCUGGGCGUGAACACCAUCCCCGGCAUCGAGGAGGUUAACAUUUUCAAGGAUGACAGCGUCAUUCACUUCGUGAACCCCAAGGUGCAAGCGUCGAUUGCCGCCAACACCUACGUCAUCAGCGGCCCUUCGACCCAGAAGAAGAUCCAGGAGCUGCUGCCCGGCAUCCUGAACCAGAUGGGGCCAGACAGCCUGGUGCACCUGAAGAAGAUGAUGCAGCAGCUGGGCGCUGGCAUGCCCGGUGGCCUGGGCAGCAUGCUGGGCGGCCUCGGCAUGCCCUCCGCUGGUGCCCCCGCCGCUGGUGGCGACGACGACGACGUGCCGGACCUGGUGGACAACUUCGACAACGCCGCGGAGUAAAGCGGCGCGCUACGGCGUCGCAGCCUGGCGCCGCCGGCCAACGAGGCUGCGUGGCUUGCUCGGGAGGGGAGCCAGCGGCCCGGAGGCAGGCGCGCAGGCGGAUAGAUGGCAGCAGCAUUGGGGCGCGGCGGGUGCGGGCUCCGGAGGCGGCGCGGCCGGAGCAGCGGCAGUGGCUGCUGCUGCAGUUUCUGCGCAGCAGAAAUGCGACGGUGGCCGCGUGCUGCUUCUCUGGCGGCCGGAGCGGAGGCGUGUGCGUGUCAGGAGCAGCAGUAGCAGCUCGAGGCGUCGGCGGGCGCCCAGCAGCAGCCACGGAGCGGGGCACGACCCGCUUCCGUGGUGCGUUGCGGGCGGAGGGCAGGCGCCGGUGCCCAUUGGCACGCGCAGGGGGGCUUCAUGCAGGAGCAGGGUCCGUGCACGCGCGCGUCUGCGCGGAAGUGCAGAUCGCGGGCGGGCGGCGGCAGCGGCGGCGCGAGCAGCAGCUGCAGUUGUGGACGGAACCCACGGCGGCGCGCUCGCGGUGCGCGGCGUCUAUUUGCGUUUGUGUUGAGUUUUACCGGAACCAUUUGGCUUGGGAGUGUGUAGGAAAGUGCACCGCGUAUCAUUUGGCGAUUGUGGUGGCGGCAUUACGGGUCGCAGCGGUGUUUAUGAACGGAGGCGGGAAAUGGGCGGCUGUUGCGGGGUAGGUCGUAGGCGGAACAGCGCAUACCGGGCACCCAGAGCGUCGGCGGCCUGCGGCGCUGCAUACGACAGGGCCGGGCCCGUCCCGCCGUGCGCCCCUGCCCCAAUAGCCUGUGGGCGGCGGGCGGCCCGUGCCUGUGUGUGUGUGUGUGUGCAGCGGCGGCUGGUUGCGGCGCUCAGUGCAGCCGUGUUUCGGGUUGACGAAUUGCUUGUCAGCUAGCGAGGCGCGCCGUGGACCUUGGAAAAGAGGGGCCGACCGGCACACGUGCUGCACAUGGGUGGUGGGCUGAGGAGGAGUCUUUGUUUCGGGGGGCCGCGCGGCUGACCCGGCCCCGGCCGGCGGCUCCCGUGUGCGUGGUAUGACUGCGCCUCGCUGUAACGGUGUUGGAGC